AUGGGUGUCGGAAACCGUAUGAAGAAGCAGGGUGCGCCCGAACCCUUGUCCGAGGCGCAUUUCGCAAGAUUGAAGCGCAAGGCCGGUCUGCCAGUCGAACCCGUCGAGGCCCCCGAGGUGAAGAGGAGGAGGAGAGCGGCGCCCAAGGCCAAUGCCGCCGCGGCGAAGAAGCAGGAUGCGAAGAAGAGCAACGGUGCCAAGGCGCCCGCGGCCAAGGCCGGAAAGCCUGCGCCAAAGGCCAACGGGAGAGGAAAGAAGGCCCAGCCCGUCGAGGACUCGGACGAAGACAUGUCGGACGACGACGACGCCGGAGACUUCGAGGGUGCCCCUUCAGACAUGAGCGACGACGAUGUUGACGAGUUCUCCGAUCUGGAGGCCGCGGAGAAGCUGGGAGAUGAUUUCUUGGGAGAGUCUGAGGACGAUUCCGUCUACGACUCGGACGAAGAGCGAGGGGGCGGCAGAAAGCACAUGUUCUCGGAAGACGAAGACGACUCGGACGGCGAGGAGAUGCUCACAAAGGCCAACAUUGAGGGUCUCGCAAGGAGACUCGACCAGAAGAUUGCCGAGGACGACGCCGACGCCCAGGCCGAACUCGAGGAGAUGGGCAUCCAGACCAACAUUGACGGCGACAAGCCGCACAUCCUCGACGAUGACGAGGACGACGAGCUCGCCGCCAAGACGAAGACACUCCUCGCACCCGACCUGCAGCUCCUGAGAACGAGAAUCACGGAAAACAUUAGAGUGCUCGACGACUUUGCGAAACUGCACGAGGACGGCCGCUCCCGCACCGAGUACGUCUCCCAGCUCAUCAAGGACAUCUGCGCCUACUACGGCUACUCCGAGUACCUCGCCGAGAAGCUCUUCUCCCUCUUCUCCCCGCGUGAGGCUUUCGCCUUCUUCGAGGCCAACGAGUCCGCCCGCCCCGUCGUCAUCCGCACAAACACCCUCCGCACCCACCGCAGAGACCUUGCCCAGGCCCUCAUCGGCCGCGGCGUCACCCUCGAGCCCGUCGGCAAGUGGUCCAAGGUCGGCCUCCAGAUCUUUGAGAGCAACGUGCCCCUCGGUGCCACGCCCGAGUACUUGGCCGGCUACUACAUCCUCCAGGCCGCCUCCUCCUUCCUGCCCGUCAUGGCCCUCGAGCCACAGGAGAACGAGCGCGUGCUAGAUAUGGCCGCCGCCCCCGGCGGUAAGACGACGCACAUGGCCGCCAUGAUGAAGAACACGGGCGUCAUCGUCGCCAACGAUCCCAGCAAGCAGCGUGCCAAGGGUCUCAUCGGUAACAUUCAUCGCCUCGGCGCCCGCAACGUCGUCGUCUCAAACUAUGACGCCAGGGAGUUCCCCAAGCCCAUGGGCGGUUUCGACCGCGUUCUCCUCGAUGCCCCUUGCUCCGGUACCGGUGUCAUCGCAAAGGACGCCAGCGUCAAGACCAACAAGACGGAGAGGGAUUUCAUUCUGCUGCCGCACAUGCAGAAGCAGCUGAUCCUCGCCGCCAUUGACUCUGUCAACCACCACAGCAAGACGGGCGGUUACAUUGUCUACUCUACAUGUUCCGUCACAGUCGAGGAGAACGAGUCCGUCGUCGCAUAUGCCCUGUCCCGCCGCCCCAACGUCAAGCUCGUCGACACCAACCUCCCCUUCGGCCGCGAGGGCUUCACCUCCUACAUGGGCAAGAAGUUCGACCCGUCUCUCAAGCUCACCCGCCGCUACUACCCGCACACCUACAACGUCGACGGUUUCUUCGUCGCCAAAUUCCAAAAAAUUGGCCCUACGCCCGCAAAGGCCGACAAGGACCGCUCCGGCGUAUCCUCCGUCGGUGAGGUCAUAGACAAGACGCCCAUCACCACCGAUGACGAGUCCAACGCCGGUGGCAAGACCGACGACGACUUUGGCGGCUUCGACGAGGGUGAGGACGAGGAGUACGUCCUUAAGGCCAAGCGUAACGCCAUGCGCAGACGCGGUCUCGACCCCAACGCCCUCUCCGCCAAGGCGAAGAAGGCCGCCGCUACUGCCAAGAAGGACUCUUCUGCUUCUGCCUCAGAGGCCGGGAUUGAGACUGAGACCGAGCAGGCUGAGAAGGCUGAGAAGCCCGCGGAGAAGACGCCCGAGAAGAAGGACAAGAGCAAGCAAAAGGCCGCCGCUGCCGAUAAGGAGAAGAAGGCCGAAAAGAGUACCGCCCAGAAGAAGGUGACAUCCACUUCGGCCGCGCCGGAAAAGAGCCCCAAGAGCAAGAGCCCCAAGCAAAAGAAGGAGAAGAAGGCCGCGAAAUAA